UCUCUAUCCCUCUCACACUUCUGAGCAGAUCUAACAGAUCCAUCUAACAAACAGGACAAAAUGUGGCUGUCUAUGUUUUCUUUGUGGGGCAGUCUGCUAACAUUAGUGGCGUCUCAGAGCUGUCCGGAUCCAUCUGAACACAGCGCUUCAUGGGUGAGGUUAAAACCUCUAGGGCAGUGCAAGGAUGGGGAAAGUACAUGCCCUUAUAGUAUCACUCUUCCUCCUCUCACUGUCCAGCUUCCCAAGUCCUUCAGGGAGUUGGAGAAGAUGGCCAGAGAACUGCAAAGCCUGAAACGGAUGGUGAACCAGCUCAAAGAGGACUGUCGUGAGUGUAAGGAGAGACAGGGAAUGGAUUGGAACAAACGGACAAAUGAUGAAGAGGAAGAUAGAGAAAGGAUUCAAGCUUCUAGAGGCACUCUCAACAUCAAAGGAAGACAGCAGGACAUAGCAAAGAGACAGAGACCAGUUCAAGUGACCAUUUCAACGUCUGCGGUGGAAGACCCUAUAAUUAUCAGCAGUGAUGAAAUGGAAGAAAAUCCAACAGCUUUUGGAAAACAAAGGAAUACCAAACAGGAGAUGAAUGUAAACCUACCAACUACUAAACCAAGGGCUGAGACCAAUAGAGAGCUAAAAGGAUCUAAUUCUUCACAAAAAAAUCUGACAAGUAGGAGAAGGUUUGAAGAGGUGCCCUCAGUUACAACCACAAAAAAGACGACUCUACAGUCUCCAAUGGAUACAUUAUAUGAAUCAUCAUUCCCUGGAGAUCUGGACAGUGAACAGCCUACACAGCAUGAAAAACAUAAGGCCAGCACAAUCGAGGAUGGAUAUAAGAUGAACCCUAGUGGAACCCUCACUGCAAAAGGCAAGGUGAAGAGUAUUCCUGAAUACCAGGUGGAUACUAUAGUUACAGAGGAUGAUGAUGAUGAUGACACUGAAGAUGGUUAUGUAGAAACAAAGCAAAUGAAGACACCAAAAAGUGAUAAGGUACUGGUGGAAAGACGACUGGUGACUGGCACUGAUGCUCCAAACAACAGAGAACGUAAACCAAACAUGAAACAACUUACCAGAAGACAACAGGAAGAAGAGGGCAAAAAAGGUCAUUCAAGACCUGUUAGCACAGCUGACACAAUCAGAGGACAAAAGAAGUUAUCAUCUCCCAUCACAGACAAAGCUAGUGCCUCAGUUAAUGUAAGUCAAAUUAAUUCACAAACACUGGAAAUCAAACCUAAAUAUGGAUUUAAACCUGAUACGGACACAGAUUCAGAGAAAGAUGCUGGAAUGAAUUUAAACCCAGUUUAUAAUGUUUAUACAGUUAGUGGAGUUAAGAAUUCAAGAAAACCCACCUCAGGGAGAACUAAUGUCACUGCUCCUGUUAAGCCAAUAAAUCCAAAAAUACAGAAAAUUAACUUUCAGACCCCAUUCAAACCUGGAAUGGAUGCAGAAGGUAAUACUGGAGUAAUGCUGAACAAUUCAGGAUUACCCACCUCAGUCAUAACUGAUGACAUAGUACAUGUAAGUCUAACAAAUCCACAAAUCCUAGACAAUAACAAUGAGUUCAAAGCAGACACAGAUUCAGAGAGUGAUACUGGAAUUGCAGUUAAUAACACUGAGACAGUCAAUUUACUAAAGAAUUCAAGAUCACCCAUCUCAGACAGCGCUAAUAGCAUAGCUGAUGUAGCUCUAGAUGGUUCAAAAAGACAGAGUAGUAACUCUCAAUCCUCAUUAAAAUAUAGCAAAUAUGAAGAACAUAACACUGGAAUUAACUCAAAUCCAGUCAAAGGUAUUAAGACAGUAAGUGGACAAGAGGUGUUACAAUCACCCAUUUCUGGCACAGAUGAUGGCAUAGUUAAUGUAAGUCCAACAACUACACAAAUUGUAGAGAGUAAAAAACAAUCGACAACUCACACAGAUUCAGAGACUGAUGCUGUAAUGUUUUCAAAGCCAGUUAAUAACGAUACAGUAAGUGGGCUAAAGAAUUCAACAUUAUCCCUCUCACAUAGAACUAAUGCCACAGUUGAUCUAAAUCUAAUAAAUCCAAAAAUUCAGUCCAGUUACUCUCAAACCUCAUUCAAAUCUAGUAUAGAUGCAGAGCAUCAUAUGAAAUCAAAUCCAGUCAACAAACUAAAUAAUUCGAGAUCGCUCACCCCAGGCAUAACUGAUGGCACAGUUGAUGCAAGUCCAACCAAUCCACAAAUAAUGCACAGCAAAAACCAGGUCAAAGAUGGCACAGAUUCAGGGAGUGAUGCUAGAGUGGGUUCACACCCAGUAAAUAAUUCGGAGACAAUCCGUGGACAAGAGAUGUCAAGAUCUGAUGGUAUAGGUGAUGUAGGUCCAAAAUAUCAACAAAUCCCUGACAGUAAAUUUAAAGCUGGCACAGCUUCAGAGAGUUAUGCUGUAAAUGACCUAUACACAGUCCAUAAUGUCGCUACAGAUAGUGGAUCGAAGAAUUCAUGGUCAUCCAUCUCAGACAUAACAGAUGCAAGUGAAGUAAAUCAAACAUAUACAGUAACACUGGAUGGUACUUUUAAAAAACAACUACAACCUGGGACAGAAAAGGAGAGGAAGCCUGAAAUAGAUUCAAACCCACUUAUCAAAGUUGAUACAAAGAAAGCUUAUCCUUAUCAAAAUCACUCAACUGAUGAGACAUCAGAAAUACGCAUCUCUGAUUCCAGACUUGAUGUAAAUGAAACAAAUCCCCGUCUGUAUAGUAAUGAUCACCUACCCAAAAGACAGCCCCUGCCAAAAUCAAAACUUAACAUGACACAACCCAGGAAUGGACAGAUUAAGAGUUCAAACCCAGGGAAUAUAGAUACUGAAAGACAAAAGACAUUAAGAAACAACAAAACUACAUCUUUGAGAAAGUAUGCGAUAACAAGUGGCAGGCACCUGCCCACUGGACUUCUUCCUAGGAGGCCAGAGAAGCAGAAAGAAAUCACAAAUCAACCAGAAAGAACCAAUCCUGGAAUGAGCCUAAGUAAGGAUCCUAGACGUAGAAAACCAUAUAUUUGGCAAAGAAGACCAGUCAAUGAAAGUAAAGCAUUUGGUUCAAGAGACCCAAAAAACACAAGUGGGCAGGGUAAUUAUACAACACGCAUUGUGAAAACACAUGUUUAUUCUGAAACUCUAUCCAGCCAUAAUAAUGUGUUAAAUAGUACAGCCUAUGAAAUUAGUCAAUCAGUCAGGCCCACUUUGGCAACACAUGGUAUUAGGAAUCAAGCUCAUAUAAAAAGUGCAAAAACUGGCCCUGCAGUCGAAGUAUUAGACAUGGUUAAUCGUACCUCUCAAACUGCUGUGACCGAACAUGAAAAACCGGGUGGAAGUUCACAACAGGAUCUGGUUUUGGACAUAGUAAAUAACAUUGAAAGGGACUCACAACCACCUGUUUUGGAAGAGACAGAAACCCCAUUUAAAACUAGCAGUGUAGAGACCAACCAGGAAAAACAUAAAAAAACACUCAGAGAAGGAGGCACUCGAAUUCCUGAUGGGAAGAUGCCUUUAGCUGUGGCAAGGCAUGACAGGAAUGAGUUAAACUAUCCAACAACUACAGCCACCUCAUACACAAUGAAAACAGAGUUUAAGGACAAACACAGCACAAUGUCUCAGUUUACUCCUCCUAUUAUAACAACACCACAUUUUAUGGAUCAAGACCAUGCAGAAAAAGCCAAAACCACUUCUAAAGUGUCAAAUACACAUGUUCAUCACAGACACGAAAACCCCAGCCAGGAAAUGGAGUCCAAAAAAUCUCAUAGUGACACUGGAAACAAAGAAUUGCAGAAUGCGAGCAAUGGUCAAGAAUCCAGUGAGUCGAUAGAUUUGAGACUCAACUUCUCAGACAGCAUCCAAAAUGGAGGAGCUGGCUCAACAGGCAUCAUUAUGGACUUAGUCAAGGCAACUGCCGGCUCAAAGGUGUCAACAAUAUCUACAGAAAGAACCAAUGAAAACAGAGCAAGAGACUCUGACUCAGUAAAGGGCAAUAAUGGAGGACAUUCAGUAGAUACAAAUAAUGGGAAAUCUUACCCAGUUUCUGUAAACAUAAUGACGGGGGAAACCUUAUACAAAAUCCCAGAUGGGCAAACCAACAGUGGAGAUAACAUGAAACCACUUACUGUUAACAACGUGAAUGAAAGACAGGGCUUGGAAAAGCAGCUGCUCAGCAACUGUCAUGGUGAUUGUGAUCGCAGUCCAACUCCUUGGUCAGAACGCAGCAGCCAUGAAUCAUUAAACAAUGACAGAGAUAAAUCUGCCCAAGACUGUUCUGACUUCAUCAUGAGAAACCCAACAAGUGGCAUCUACAAUGUGACACCAACUAUAUCAGGCAACAGGACUUUUCCUGUCUUCUGUGAUAUGAAGACCUCUGGUGGAGGUUGGACUUUAAUUCAGCAUCGCUUUGAUGGAAGCAUCAGCUUCAAUCGUACAUGGAAUGACUAUAAGAACGGUUUUGGUAACUUAAAGGGUGAGUUCUGGCUAGGUAAUGAAAAGAUCCAUUGGCUGACAUCAUCUAAAUCCAUGGUACUGCGCAUUGAACUUGAGGAUCUAGAUGGAAUAGAGGAAUAUGCCCAGUACGACCACUUUCAUGUGGCCAAUGAAAGCCAGUACUACAGGUUGACGAUAGAAGGAUAUUCAGGCACAGCCGGAGAUGCUAUGCGGUACAGCAAAAAGUUCAACCACAACGAAAAGAACUUCACCACUCCAGAUAGAGACAAUGAUCAAUACACCUCAGGAAACUGUGGAGCCUACUACAGCUCUGGAUGGUGGUUUGAUGCAUGCAUGUCUGCAAACCUAAACGGGAAGUAUUAUGAGACAAGAUAUAAAGGAGUGCGAAAUGGCAUCUUUUGGGGCACAUGGCAUAAUAUUUCCAGUGAGUCCUACCUAACCCAUGACCGGCAAUCUUUUAAGACUGUUAGAAUGAUGAUCAGACCGAGGACAGGGCUUUUGAUGGACUAGUUGAUGUUGAGAAAAUCGAAAGGACAGCUUUUUCCCUGCCACUUUGAGAAAGAAGUUGUCCAUACACUAGAUGUGCUUGGAUAAUUCUAGCGGAAAAUUCCUCUUUCUCGUUUAACAGAUUGUUGUGCACUAUUUUAAUAUUAUCUAGUUCUAGGACAUUAAGACAAUGGUUUACAAUUUGGUCCGUUUAAUUUUUUUGACCCAGAGGGCCAGAGCAGAUAUAGAGUAAAUAUUUAUUAAGGGGAUUUAUACAGUGUUAUAUUUACUUAUUGGUGAAUUAAAUGAUAGUAGACAGUAGUAAAGCAUAAGGUAGUAAAUGUGAGGUGUAUAUGUGAACAAGUUAGAAAUUGUGUCCUGUGUCCAAAAGAUAUCUAAAAGAUGUUAUGUUUUAUUUAAAACAAAACCUCCCUCCUAUCUGACAUUUCUCUGGAUUGUUGGAAUAAACAUAUUUUUCUGUGCAUUAGAGUGAAAAAUAAAACCCUACAGGAAACAGAACCAAAUGUUCCUAAAUGUAAAAAAUUGAUUAUCAUAUUUUAAGACCAUGUUUUAAAAUACAAGAAUCUGUUGAGGACCAUAAACAGUGUUGAAUGAAUGAACUAAUGGUGUUUAUAUAAUACAUCCAAUUAUUGUAUAUAAUACAUCCAAUUACUACAUGUAUAAUGUUAAUUGAUGAUUUUCUUCUAUCACAUUGAAUAUAAGCUCUAUAUUUACUAUAUUUUCUAUAUGUUUUAUUUCUGAAAUCAUAUUUCUUCUAAGCUAACCAUUGGACUACAUCAAACUAGUAAAUGUUAACUAGUAAAUGUAUGUAAUGAGUUAAACAUGUUUUAUUAAUACAUGUAGACAUUAAAGGUUUUCUAUGACUAUAUCAGGGAUGGUAUAAUGUACAAUGAAGUCAUUUCAAAUAAA